UGAGACAAAGGAAAACAAGAGCAAUUGCGAGAGGGGGGUUUAGCCACCCUUCAACCCUUAAAAAAGGGAAAAGCUACCGCCUUCAAUCGAGAACGGGGGGAUUUGGAUUCUGUUUGCCGCCGAACUGAUGCUUUUUCUCUUCACCUGCUUCACCGCCGGACAACCCACCGAAGAAGACUAGAGCAUGAACAGAACGACCAAAGAGAGAACUCGAGGAGCAGCGUCUCUGUGAGCGAUUGGCCACCGAUUUAGAAGGAAGGCAAAAAGGAAAUUUCGGCUCAAUUCAGGAAGGGUUCUAGCUUCCUGCAAUCCUAAUCAACCAUGAGUGGCAGUGGUGUAAGAGGCAGGAACUUCCGCCGCCGGCCGGAUGAAACUGAUGAUGACAACGAUGAUAACAAUGCAAACACUAGCAGUAAUGGAUAUAACACCUCAACUGCCAAAAAAUCUCCAUCUUCCAAACCCAAAAGCAAGCCCACUACUCGCCUUAGUUUUGUCGAUGACCAAGAAGACGAAGAAGAAACAACCAAACCUUCCUUAAACAGGAGCAAAGAUAAUAGAGACAGACAGAGUGCAGCCCGUCUUAGCAAACCCUCAUCCUCACACAAGAUCACCUCUGCCAAAGAUCGCCGUAAUCUUGCUCCUCUUCCCUCCAAUGUGCAGCCUCAAGCUGGUACCUAUACAAAAGAAGCUCUCCUUGAGCUCCAGAAAAACACCCGAAUCCUUGCUGCCUCUUCUUCUCGCUCGCAGGUUUCCUCUGAACCCAAGAUUGUCCUCAAGGGCCUCCUCAAACCCCAGUCUCAAGAUAUAGAUGUCGGAGAAGAUGCUGAGAAGGACAAAGUUGAUGAUAAAGAUGACACAGAAUCUCGGUUGGCUUCCAUGGAAAUUGAUAAGGAGAGAGAUUCUUUUUUGUUUAUGGAUAAAGCAACAAUUGAUAAGAUCAAGGCAAAGAGGGAGCGCCUGCGGCAGUCCCGGGCUGGGUCUCUGCCUGAUUACAUAUCCUUGGACGAGGGGAGUUAUAACCGCAGUGCACUAGAGGAGCUGAGUGAUGAAGAGCCUGAGUUUCGAGGGCGGUUGUUUGGUGAGAGUGGGAGAAGGGGUGUGUUUGAGGUUGUUGAAGAGAGGCCAAUAAGUGCAGUUUCAAAGAGGGAUACUGUUGAGGUUGCUGGUGAUGAGGAGGAUGAGGAGGAGAAGAUGUGGGAGGAGGAGCAGUUUAAGAAGGGAUUAGGGAAGAGAGUGGAUGAUGGGAGUGUUACCACUGGAACUGGUGUUUCUACUAUUCAAAAUAUACAGCAACAGCAACAGCAACAGCAGCAUAGGUCAGGAUAUAUGUACCCAAGAACAUCUGUGUAUGGUCCAGUCCCUAGUCUCCAAUCAGUUCCUCCCACUACUAUUGGAGGAGCAGUUGGGGAUGUCAAGUCAAUAUCAGACCAAGCAGAGAUUGCUAAAAGGGCUAUCCAUGACAACCUUAGGAGGAUUAAGGAAUCUCAUAAUAGAACCGUUUCAUCACUGACAAAGACCGAUGAAAAUUUGUCAGCCUCACUGCUGAAUAUUACUGAUCUCGAGAAGUCUCUGUCUGCUGCUGGUGAGAAGUUCAUCUUUAUGCAAAAGCUCCGUGAUUUUGUUUCUGUUAUAUGUGAAUUCUUGAAGCAUAAAGCUCCUCUUAUAGAGGAACUUGAGGAGCAGAUGCAGAAGCUUAAUGAAGAACGUGCCUCAGCUGUCUUAGAAAGAAGAUCUGCUGAUAAUGAUGAUGAAAUGAUGGAGGUAGAAGCAGCUGUGAAAGCAGCUAUGCUAGUUUUCAGUGAACGUGGAAGUAGUGUUGCAAUGAUUAAAGCUGCCACAAAUGCAGCCCAGGCCGCUUCUGCUGCCAUUAGGGAAGAAGUGAAUUUACCAGUGAAAUUGGAUGAAUUUGGUAGAGAUAUGAAUCGGCAGAAAAGAUUAGAUAUGGAGCGUAGGGCUGAGGCUCGCCGACGUAGGAAAUCUCAGUUUGAUUCUAAAAGAUUAUCGUCUAUGGAUAUUGAUGGUUCCUACCAGAAAAUAGAAGGAGAAUCAAGCACAGAUGAAAGUGAUAGUGAGAGUACAGCAUACCAGUCUAAUCGCAAGUUGUUGCUUCAUACUGCUGAUGAAAUUUUCAGUGAUGCAUCUGAGGAGUAUUCGCAGCUUUCAGUAGUUAAAGAGAGGCUUGAAAGAUGGAAGAGAGAUUAUUCGUUGAGCUACCGUGAUGCUUACAUGUCAUUGAGUGUUCCCUCUAUCUUCUCUCCUUAUGUAAGACUAGAGCUUCUAAAGUGGGAUCCACUCCAUGAGGAUGCAGACUUUUCUGAUAUGAAAUGGCAUUCUUUGCUAUUCAAUUAUGGUUCUCCAGAAGAUGGAGGUGAUUUUUCUGCUGACGAUGCUGAUGCUAACCUUGUUCCUGGACUAGUGGAAAAGGUUGCACUCCCAAUCUUGCAUCAUGAAAUUCUCCACUGUUGGGAUGUGCUUAGUGCAAGAGAGACAAAGAAUGCGGUUUCUGCGACAAGUCUGGUUAUUGAUUACAUCCCUGCUUCUAGUGAAGCUCUGGCAGAACUAUUACUUGCAAUUCGCACCCGUCUUGCUGAUGCUGUGGCAAAUAUAAUGGUCCCAGCAUGGAGCCCGCUAGUAUUGAAGGCUGUGCCAAACGCUGCACAUGUUGCUGCAUAUAGGUUUGGGAUAUCUAUUCGUUUGAUGAGGAAUAUCUGCCUGUGGAAAGAAAUUUUAGCAUUGUCAGUGCUAGAGAAGAUUGCUCUUGAAGAUCUUUUAUAUGGAAAAAUUCUACCUCAUGUUCAAAUCAUUACAGCAGAUGUUCAUGAUGCAGUCACAAGAACUGAAAGGAUUGUAUCUUCUUUGUCUGGGGUGUGGGCAGGUCCAAGUGUUACAAGAGACCACAGUCGGAAGUUGCAGCCACUGGUGGAUUAUGUAUUGCAGUUAGGACGAACGCUAGAGAAGAAACGUGCAGCGGGUGUGACUGAGAGUGAGUUGGGUGGACUUGCCCGUCGGCUGAAGAAAAUGCUUGUGGAUCUCAACGAGUAUGACAAAGCUAGAGAUAUUACUAGGGCCUUUAACCUCAAGGAAGCAUUAUGAAUUUAUAAACUAGGGUUUUGGUACAUGGGAAGGUGAAUGAGUUGGAAUGCAAUGCUCAUUCUAAUGUCUCUAUCCAUAGCUAUGUUUGUUAAAACAUAAAUUUAGAGUGACCCUUUUCACUUGUCCUAGUUCUAGCUGGAAACCCUCUUUGUUUUUUUUUUUUUUUUGGUAGGCAGUUCUAGGUAGAAACAGCAAUUUAUUUAUUUUUGAAUCCUUACAAAUCUACUCUCAACAGCAAUCUUUGAGGACACUAGUCUCUCUACCCUGUUCAUGCUAAGAAGGUUACUACUUACUAUUAUGCUCAAGGAUUUCAAACUUACAUGGGUAGAGCUUAAAGCUCGACACAAUUAGUUGUAAGAUUUAGAUGUAUUUAAUGUCUUACUUCCUCAAUAGAAGAGGAAUGGUUCUGUAAAUCUUAAAUGCCAGUAUGGAUAUAGAAUGUUCUGACUUUUGUUUUAUGGAAGUAGAUGAUACAUUGAAGAAACGAAAUUGUUUGAA